UUUGGAGGCGCACGUGGGUUCUGCGUGUGUUGGAGGGAUAACUGAGCACUGAGGGUUUUAAGAGUAGAGCCAGGGGUCGUAGCCGCCGCCAGCCCGCAGCCAUGGGGCGGCCUGGGAAGUUGUCGUCUGGCGCCUCUACCAAGCUGAAGCGCUGGAAGAAGGGCCACAGCAGUGAUUCCAAUCCCGAAGGCCGGCGUCACCGGCAGGCCGCGCGCAGCCGCUUCUUUAGCCGGCCCUCAGAAAAAAGCGAUCUAACUGUUGAUGCCCUCAAAUUGCAUAAUGAGCUGCAAACUGGGCCUCUGCCCUUGGCCAGGGGGGAGAAAGCUCGGUCCCUCAUGGAGAAUGAAGCGGGCUCAGCGCUCUCUGAGAAAUCUUCAGGCACCUUCCUGAGUGGCCUUUCUGACUGCACCAACGUCACCUUCAGCAAGGUGCAGCGCUUUUGGGAGUCCAACUCGGCUGCUCACAAGGAGAUUUGCGCAGUCUUGGCUGCUGUCACGGAAGUGAUCCGUUCCCAGGGAGGGAAGGAGACCGAAACGGAGUACUUUGCUGCACUGAUGACCACAAUGGAAGCCGUGGAGUCAACAGAAUCUCUUGCUGCUGUGGUUUAUUUGCUGAAUCUGGUUUUGAAGCGGGUUCCCAGCCCUGUGCUCAUUAAGAAGUUUUCCGAUACCUCCAAAGCCUUUAUGGACGUUCUGUCAGCUCAGGCCCACUCUGGUUCCACAGCAGCGCUCCGAUGGGUCCUCUCCUGCCUGGCCACCCUCCUACGAAAACAAGACCUAACUGCCUGGAGCUACCCUGUCACUCUACAGGUUUUUCAUGGGCUGCUGAGCUUUGUCGUUCAUGCCAAACCCAAGGUCCGGAAGGCAGCCCAGCAUGGGGUGUGCUCUGUCAUCAAGGGCAGCGAGUUCCUCUUUGGAGAUAAGCCUCCCACGCAUCACCCAGCUGCCCUCUCCACGGCCAAGUUCUGUAUCCAGGAGAUUGAGAAGUCUGGAGGCUCCAAGGAGGCCACCACAACCCUGCAUGUGCUCACUCUGCUCACUGAGCUGCUGCCAUGUUUCCCGGUGGGCAUGGUGAAGAGUUGCAGUGAGACAUUGCUGAGGGUCAUGACUCUCAGCCAUGUGUUGGUGACUGCCUGUGCCAUGCAAGCUUUUCAUGGUCUCUUCCAUGCCAAACCCAGUCCUGGCACCCUUUCAGCGGAACUCAAUGCCCAGAUUAUCACGGCCCUGUAUGACUACAUUCCCAGCGAGAAUGACCUACAGCCCCUGCUUGUCUGGCUUAUGGUCAUGGAGAAGGCCCAUGCUAACCUGGUCAGGAUGCAGCGGGACCUUGGUAUGGGGCAUUUACCUCGAUUUUUUGGGGCUGCGAUGAACUGUCUUCUUUCACCCCAUGGACAGGUAGCAGCAGCUGCCACCCAGAGCCUCAAGCUGCUGCUCACAGAGUGUAUUGCUCCCCAUAUGGCUGAUGUUGGCUCAGUGUCCUCUUCUGCCUCUGGGCCUCCACUGUAUAUUGCCAGGAUGUUCAGAGCUGUGGAAGAAGGCCUGACGUACAAGUUUCAUGCGGUGUGGGACUUGGUGUUGCAACUGCUACGAGGCUUCUUUGAGGCCUGUGGAAAACAGGCUCACCUCAUAAUGAGGAAAUGCCUUCAGUCCCUGUGCGACUUGCGCCUGUCUCCACACUUCCCUCACAAGCUGGCUCUGGACCAGGCUGUGGGGGCCGCAGUGACCAGCAUGGGCCCCGAGGUUGUCCUUCAAGCUGUGCCUUUGGAGAUUGAUGGCUUUGAGGAGAGUCUGGAUUUUCCUCGGAGCUGGCUGCUGCCUGUCAUUCGUGAUCAUGUCCGUAAUACACGGCUGGGUUUCUUCACAAGCUAUUUCUUGCCCCUGGCCGCUACACUGAAGAACAGAGCUACAGAACUGGCCCAGGAGGGCAGGACCAUGGAGUCCAAAAUCUAUGACACUCUUCAGUGGCAGGUAUGGACCCUGCUGCCUGGAUUCUGUACCAAGCCCACUGACGUGGCUGCCUCCUUCAAAGGGAUCGCGAGGACUCUGGGCACAGCCAUCAGCGAGCGUCCAGAUCUGCGGCUCACAGUGUGCCAGGCACUGCGCACACUCAUCACCAAGGGUUGUGAGGCAGAAGCGGACCGUGCUGAAGUGAGACGCUUUGCCAAGAACUUUCUGCCGAUACUAUUUAAUGUGUAUGGACAGCCCCUGGCGGAUGGGGAAAGCACCGCUCCCCGGCGAGCUGUGCUGGACACCAUUAAAACUUACCUCGCUGUCACAGAGCCAGAGCUGGUGAACGGGUUCCUGGAGAAAGCCAGUGAGAAAGUGCUUGAUCCUGCCAGCUUGGACUUUACCAGACACUCUAUCCUGGACUUGAUUGUGGCCAUGGCGCCCCAUGCUGAUGAAGCCUCUAUCAGCAAGCUGUACCGUACGAUCUGCCCCUAUCUGGAGAGUAAGGAGCAUACCAUGCAGAAAAAGGCCUACAGGGUGCUGGAGGAAGUGUGUGCUAGCCCGGAGGGUCCUGGAGAAUGCUUUGUUCAGAACCACCUGGGAGACCUGAAGAAAACCCUCCUGGAUUCCCUUCGGAGCACUGCCUCCCCAGCCAAGAGGCCCCGUUUGAAGUGCCUGAUUCAUAUCAUAAAGAAGCUGACAGCAGAACAUGAGGAGUUUAUCACCGCCUUGGUUCCCGAGGUGAUUCUGUGCACCAAGGAGGUGUCAGUGGGAGCUCGGAAGAAUGCCUUUGUGCUGCUGGUGGAGAUGGGACGUGCUUUCCUUCGAUUUGACUCUAACCAAGAAGCUGCUUUGCAGAGGUACAUGGUCCUGAUCUAUCCUGGCCUCACGGGAUCUGUCACCAUGAUCAGCUGCAGUGUCCUGGCCCUCACCCACCUCCUCUUUGAGUUUAAAGGUCUGAUGGGAACAGACACCAUAGAGCAGUUACUGAAAAAUGUGUGCCUGCUGCUGGCCUCCCGUACCCGCGAUGUGGUCAAGUCUGCCCUGGGCUUCAUAAAGGUGGUGCUGCUGGUUAUGGACAUGACCCAUCUGGCCAGGCACCUGCAGCUCAUGAUGGAAGCUAUCGGGAACCUGACCGAUGACAUGCGCCGCCAUUUCCGAAUGAAGCUCAGGAACCUGUUUACUAAAUUUAUCCGCAAGUUUGGAUUUGAGCUGGUGAAGGGGUUGCUCCCUGAGGACUACCACAAAGUCUUGGUGAACAUCCGCAAAGCGGAGGCCCGGUCCAAGAAGCAGCGGGCCUUGCAGCAGGCAUCUGUGGAAGAGGAAGACGACUCUCCUCAGGUCAGAGGAGAUAGCAUUGAAGAGAUCCUGGCUGACUCGGAGGACGAGGAGGAGGAUGAGAAGCCAGCCAAGGGCAAGGAUCAGAAGCUGGCACGGCAGAGGAGCAGGGCGUGGUUGAAAGAGGGAGGUGGGGAUGAACCCCUCAACUUCCUGGAUCCCAACGUGUCCAAGCGAGUCCUAGCCACACAGCCUGGUGUGAACCCGAAGAAGAAGGAUCAUAACUUCAAACUCAGUGCAGAUGGGCGCCUGAUCAUCCUUGAGGAGGAAGAGCAGGAGGAGGAAGACAUUAUGAAAGGUGCAGAUGAGGAGCCGACUGACCUUGGGCAAGAAGUGCGCAUCCUGAACAAAAAAGCCCGGAAACUCAGGCUUCGGCAGGACCGUGAUGAGGAAGAAUCGGAACCCCCAGCCCAGUACAAAGCCGGAGGUUCCGGAAUCCACCGGCCACUAGCUAAGAAGCCUGGGGCACAUUACAAGGCCAAGAAAGGAAGAGGUGAUGUGAAAAAGAAAGGUCGCCUUGACCCCUAUGCCUACAUCCCCCUGAACAAAGCCAAGCUCAAUCACAGGAAAAAGGCAAAGAUGCAAGGACAGUUUAAGGGUCUGGUGAAAGCUGCCCAGCGUGGGGCCCAGGCUGGGCACAAGAAUCGAAAGAAGCAGCAUCGAGCCUGAAGGCCCUGGGUCCUUGGGGGUCACUGUCCCACCCUUGUUUUCAGUCUCUGCCCGCCGUGGAGUGCCUGUGACUUUGAAAGUGCCCUAGAACCAGGAAAAUGAUUUGAGAGUGACCUGACAGGAGACUACUGAGGCCUGAGGAAGGCCUGGGACCUGCUAGGGUGCCACCCUUGAAGGAAUCCUCCUUGCUGUUGGUAACCAGGAGAGUGGUCUCAGGGUUCUCUAAUCAGAGCCCUUCAGUGACUUUCUAGGGCCAAGGGCCCUAGAUUCCAGGUGAUGAUGCCAGGGAAUCCAUUAGGUGGGUUCCGUGGUGGAAGCUGCCUGAAUUCUUGGGGACAGUGUUUUUCUGAUCAGACUGCCGCUGUUCAAAGGCCUCAGUGUUGGGGCGGUGUGCGUGUAUGUGUGGACGUCUGCUUUGCUGGUCACUCAUUGACCAGGAGACUGUACUACCCCGCACUGAUGUGCAUUAAACUUGGGCUUGCUGAAUACCCUCAA